UUCAUAACAGCGUAACUGCAUGCUGUGACUCCUACCAGAUUUCUCAGCAAACAUCCGAGCGAGGAGCAGGCUAAUUCUUUAAACGAUGGCAUUCGCUUUUAGACAAUUCUUCCUGGUAGCUGCAGAUUUAAUGCUUGCCUUGGCCCUUUCCUGCUUCCUUUAUGCUUUCGUGUGCAUCUGCACUGCAUUCCUCACCUGCUUUGUGAUCGUUUUCUCCUUGGGGAUUGUGAAGAAAAUGGAGAGAAAUAUUGACAUAAAAGGGAGAGCCGUUGUGAUUCUAGUGUCCAACAGCUCCAUCGGACGGACGUUUGCCAGGAACCUGGACGAGGCAGGUUUCACAGUGUCUGCUGCGUGCAGGCCACCUGAAAGAAACUGGGCAAAGGUUCUGAAGGAGGAGUAUUCUCCAGACAUGAAGCUGGCACAACUCCCUAUAACUGAGGACGAGUAUAAGAUGACAAUGAAAACCUUGAUAGAAAAGCACUUAUCUCUGAAAGGCAUGUACGGGCUGAUGAAGAAUCCUUCAGUCCUGAUGUGGGAAGAACAGAAGCCAGACACAACCAGAUUCUCUGAAGGAAAAACUUCUUAUAAAUGGAAGGAUGUUUGCAUAACUCCGGCCUUCCUCAUGGCACUUCUCUUUCUCCCUGUGAACUAUGCGGUGACUUUUGCAAAGAAGAAAAGCCAGCGGUUACUUACUAGCCUGCUGAAAUCCAAAAACUGACAGCAUGGAAGGAAACUUGUGGAAUGACUCAACGGGUUAAUAAUGCCACAGUGAAAAGGAGCUGCAGGGAGGAAUAGCUUAGAACAGGACUGACUGAUUCCUGACUUGCAAGAAUCAAGUGCUGAAUGGUGUCUUCAAACUUAGUCAUAAGUCAAUGAGAAAACAUUGUGAAUUAGAUCUGGAUAGAAGACUAUUCCCCUAAUUGUAUUGCGGGUCUGCAUCCAAAUCACAUUUGUAACCAAGAACAUGGUUAAUGUUGAAAUUUUACUGGGAUAAAUGAUCUAAGAUGGAAGGAAAUAAUGAAAAACUCUCCUGAAAGACUGCUGAAUGUUAAGCUUUUGACAUACGUUGUGCUAUGACUUGGCUUAAUUGAUGGACAAACUGUUGGUCUUUCAUCUUUCAAAUUGCAACUCAGAAUUAUCAUUACACAUGUGAAAUGUAGUCCAGUCCCGGCCCACGGAAAAGAACUGCAGUUAAAUGUCAAACUGAGCCCAAACUAACCAUUUGAACUCAACCAUAUAAAAAAAAUUUUGUUUUGAUGAAAGCUGUUGAAAUGAAAUGUUCUUACAUUUCUGAAUUGAAAGUUUUGGUUUCUAGCCAAAAAUGUUUGGUCUUCAGUUUUUCACCAAGAAGUCAAAAUUUUCUGCGGUAAGCAGACACUUUUGGUUUUUUAAUUCAUUUAGUCAAACACCCGAUUUGCAGUUGAAAAACAGUUUCAAUGGAACAUUUUUAAUCAGCUCUGGUGAGCAAUAACAUUUUGUCCAGAAAUUCCUUGUGCAGUUUCAGAUGGAUAAUGUAUUCUUUAUUUUCCCCGCUAAACUGUUGUGUAUCAUUGAUGUGGGCUUUUAAAUAGCUGCUGUUUCACGCAUGGUUAAAUGAUUCCUAUUUGUAUUCACAGUGGUAUGUAUAGCCUGAUUGUACAGUCCUUAUUUGGACAAAACACCUGUUGGCGUCAAUGGAAAUUUUAUUUGCUUAAAGAUACGAUGAUAGGCUACAAUUUGUUUAUAAUGCUUUAUGAUCCUUUGGGAUAAAAGGAACGAUACAUUUAUAAAGUUAUGGCUUUAAGGCAAUGCUUUUGUGAAACCCAAUUAUGAUAUACCUGCCCUUAAAAUAUUUUAAUACAAAUUAGCUACAUCAAAGUAAUGCAGAAGUUAUAUGUUGAUAUUUUCAAAGCUGUCUAGGGGAUUUGAACGCCAAACUCCCUUCAGUUUUAGUAGGAGUCAGCCACCUAAAUUCUUUAAGCAGUCUUGAAAAUCUCAGUCAUAAUGUACAACAACACUGACAUAAUUCACUGUUAAAGCUACCACCUUUGCACUCUUAUUAUCAUCAUAUGUCCCCAUUUAAAAGCCAAAAGGCAACCUAAUUUUGCCAGACCAAAACAGAUACACAAAAAGCAGAGCUGGUCAAAAUUAUUAAUUCUUUUAUUUUUUAAAGAGUUCUUUUUUCUGAAGCAAAUGUUUUUCCUUUCCCCAUCCCCACCAAAAAAUAGAAAAAUGGAAAAGGAGAGAAAAAACCUAAAAAAUGAAAAACAAAAACACAACUUCAUUUUAGGUUUCAAAAUUAAUAUAUUUUCAUGUUUUCAAUAUUUUUUUUUUUUGGCAGAACACUGACAAAAUUCAAGAGUUUUGAGAACAUUUUCUGGAAAACAAUUCCACCCCCCGCCCCCCCAUCACCCCCAAACAUACCAUUUUCCAGCCAGCUCUAAUGAAAAUGCAGCUGGGCUACAAAUGUUCCCAUGGCAACUAAACCCUCAAAUUCAAGAAGUGACAAUGGAAAUGACAGCUGAGCACUAAAGCCCUGAACCUUCUCCCAUUUAACUCAAUGGCAAAAUGCCCAUUAAUUUCACACAUGCAGGACCAAGCUGUAAAUACACCUGCCUUUCCUGGGUAACCCUCUCAGAACAUUUCCCAGCCAAAAAGGUUUUUUUUACAUUACAUGAGCACUGACAUUCUUUCCAUUUUCAAAAAUAUCAUCAUGGCAAAUGUUAAAACCAAUCACAUUCGUUGCCAGCUGCCUUUCUGAGCAAAGCCACAGUCCCUAGAUGCCAACUCUAGCAAUGCAGUCCAAAAACACAGUACAAGACCAAUAUCAGUACAAUUCUACUGGGAGUGGUAGAAUACCUUGCUGUAUUUUCAGGCCUGGUGCUGCAGACUUCCCUCACACGACUAGUGUUUACUCACAUGAGUAGUCAUACUGAAGCCAAAUCCAACUGAGUACGGGCUACGCACCUGCAUAAUGAUCUGCGGGGCUGGAGUUUAAGAUAAGAAGGUCUUUGGGGGCGGGAAUACCAUUUUAUCUGCUCAUAUCACUGCUAAAAGCACUGUAAUGCAAUGCAAAUAAUAAAUAGCCAUUAUGGUGGUGUGAUUUUAUUUUAUUGUUGCUAACUUGAUCAAUAAAAACAUUGAAUAUGCCCUCUUA